CAAUACCUAAAAAUAGUGUGAUUAAUAAUUACUGUAGUUAUAACUUCUGAUAAAUAUAUGCUACACAGAACUUUGAUCGUUUGAUAACUUCAAUCUCUUCCACACAACGGCGUUAAUUUUCUUAUUGGAAUACUAUUCAACCAUAUAUGCAAUCAUACCCUGAACUCACCACUCGUAAACAUUGUUUGAUAUUUACAUCUUUAUCACUUCCAGCAGAUUUGAAGGAGUCAGAUGUUUUGAUCGAGCACAUACAUUUGAAAGCCAACUAUGGAUCUGGACGCUCUGCCGCCGGAGCUGGUGUGGCACAUCUUGGACAAUCUCACUGAGCUUCGGGACCGUAAGAAUGCCUCGCUGGUGUGCAAAGGUUGGAACUGGAUGCUGUUCAACUCACCGGUAGUUCUUCGGGCAGUAAGGUUACGCGUUUGUCCCAAAGUGGCCAGCCUGGAACGGACAGACGCCGAAGAGGUGUUCAACCAGAUGAGCGAUGUUAUGGUUCACAGCAAAAGGAAUUAUAGUAAUGUGGAGUUCUUUCACGUUAAUUUCGAGAGACCGAUGGCACGUGAGCUGUUGUUUUUUAUGGUGCAGCUGUGUUGCGAUUCGAUUGAGAGUUUGGCCUUUACGAAUUGCCAUGGAUUACGGCGAAGUGAAUUGUGGCAGGUGUUGGAAUUACUGCCAUGGUUGACGGAGCUCAUGAUUUCCGGAGGAAUCUACUAUGACGAAUUUGAUAACGAUGCGAAAGUUACUGAGUUGAAUCGAUUGGAAAGCUUAUCGUUGGACAUUGGAGACGACUGCCGACUGUAUCAGGACUUUCUAACAAUCACACCGAGUUUGUCGAAGUUCAGCGUACGAACAAUCCACGGUUGUGUGGAUUUGCGAGACGUUGUUCUGACACGAUAUUUCAGCCAGCAAUUAAAUACGCUAAGCUUCAUCACAAGCAGAUGUUUCAAUCAUUCUGAAUUUUCAGACAUGAAUUUCGCAAAUUUGACGAAGCUGAAUCUGAAGCUGUCCGGCUCAGUGUGGCCACAGUUGUUCAAGCAGAUGAAGUUACUAAACGAGCUGCACAUAGAUGCUGGAAUUAAUGAUGAAGUGAUAGCAGCCAUUUGUGGAACGUCGACAAAACUACGCAAAUUAAGCCUUCUGUGUUCUGGAUUCGUAGAGUGCAAGAAGUUCAACAUGCUUUCCAGAUUAGAACACCUUGAAGAUCUACAACUACGUGGCAUUUACAAAUUCAGCUGGCGGCACGUUACUUUCAGCAAACUAAGACGACUACACGUUGACAACGUGGCUACCGACUUUACCAAUUUUUUGAAGGAACUCACCACGCUGAAAUCCUUGGAAAUUCACGACACCAAACUUAAGAACGAGCAGCUGAUCAAAUUCACCCUGAAUGCGCCCACGAUUGAGCGGUUGGAAUUGGCAUUCUGCAACAAACUGAGCGAUAAGGCCUUCAAGCACUUGGCCGAUAUGCCGGAUCUGGAAGAACUACGGCUGUGGGCAAUCAAUGUCUCCAAGACCAUCGAUGAGCGUAUGAUUUGUCCCAAGCUGAAGAAAGUUAUCUUCUAUUUCAACGAUAAUAUUGAGGAUUCCACCCUGGAGGCACUUGCCAAAAAACUACCUCACUUAAGGCUGCUGGUGCUGUACGAUUGCUACCGAAUAAGUCCGCAGGGCGUGGCAGAUCUUCGCAAAACGAUGCCCAACUGUAACGUGCUCGAGUUGUAUCGAGGCGAUGAGCUUCCGCCGGCACUGGUAGCAGAACGUCAGAUUUACUACCGGAAUGCCGAGUUUCCGAACGGAGUUCUCAAACAAGAACUUCCAUUCCAGUGGUAUUGAUGAAUUGGACUGAGUUUGAGUUGCAAUUACUGAGCAUUUAUGUAAAUUAAGAGUUCUAUAAGUUAUAAGAGUUAUAAGUGUUUGUAGAGAAUAAUAAACUAUUUGUAUUUAUUUUA